UUCAGUUCCUAUACACAUUUUUGCAAAAAACAUUAAAAAAAUCAAUUUUAUUUAUUAAACAUGUAAAACAAAUAUUAUAAAAAUCAAUUUAAAAAAAAUAUCAAUAAACUAUAAUUAAAAAAAAGUCCUGGUUGAAACGAAAAAAUCCUUAACUUGUUGAAUACACACACCAUUAUUCCAUUUUUGAUUUGUAGUUGAAAUUCCUAUAAAAAAAAUUAUGUUUGCAUUGUUCCUUUCUUGUUCCUUAACUAAAAUGGCGAAACAGCGAAAUCGACAGGAGUAAAAAACUAAAAAAAAACAAGCAACAAUUUUAUUUGUUUUUUUGUUUCUUCUAAAAAAAAAAAAGAAAAUACAAAAAAAAAAAAAAAUGUUUAUAAAUGAAUAAGUAAAAAAAUAAAAAAAAGGAUAAACCAAAUGUUUACACGACCGCCACCAAGAUGAAAUGGUAUUACUCGUUUUUGGUUCGACGGCCUUAUUUAAUGGUCUUGUCCAUUGGAGUGCUCUGUACGGCUUGUAUAAUAGUUUCAUUAAUAACCAAAACCUUUCCAGAUUUUAGUGAUCCAACUUUGGGAUUUGAAGCUCGUGGCACUGAAAUUGGCCAACGUUUGACUGCCUGGCGCAAUUUAUGGCUAGAAACUGGACCAUCUGGAAAGUUGGUAGCCGACCCGAAUGAUUUGCUCUCAUUCCAACAAGAUUAUAAUCAAGAUGUUGAACAGAUGAGAGCGGGUCAUCAUAAGAAACGGCGGGGUAAAAAGAAAAAGAAUAAAAAAAAGACCAACGCUGAUUUUUCGAGGAAAUUGAAGAAGUUAAGAAAGUUCUCAAAUUCAGAAACAGAUGCAGACCCCACCGAAUGGAAUGGUGAUACGGGUGUAUUUCGUGAUUAUGCUAUUACAAAUGAUUCGACAACAGAUGAAGAAAACCAUCAUCAUUUCGCCUAUGGCCGAAAUAUUUCGUUUGUUGACGAAAAAGAAGAGCAAGAACGUGUUCAAUCGAAAAAGAGCACUUGGCGCAUUCUCUCCCAAUCAACACCGCCACCAAUGUUUAAUGCUGAAAUUCACAUUAAUAUCGAUGGAUUUUUCUGUGAAUCACCAACUAAAGAGUUCUCACACUUUGUAGUAGAACGUAUCGGCCCUAAUUCAACUGAUUCACUUUUUGAUGUAAAUGCUUUGUUGGCUAUGUGCCAAUUAGAACAUCAGAUAAUAGCAAUUGAUAAUUAUGCAGAUUAUUGCCAAAAGGAGAUGCUAACUGACAAUUGCUGCCGUCCAUGGUCAAUACCAAAUUAUGUGGCAAUGCUUUCUAAUAAAACGUCCUGCUUUGAUUUAACUCCCGAUGAUGUAGCAGCUGUCCAAAGUCUUCUUGUUGGAUGUUAUGAUUAUUAUCAAAGUAUUAAACUUAGCUAUGAUUGCAGUGAAUCGAGAUGUCCGGCACCGAUUGAGUGUACCCGUUACAAUGCGGUGUUUAACAUUUUGCAUUAUUUGACUGAUUUAAAUUUUAUUAAAACUAAUGACUCAAAAUUAUUUCUUAAGUAUUCUAUGAUAUUUGUUCCUGUUGCACAAACAACUAAAAUUCUGUCCUUAUUUCAUCAGUGGGAAAAAACAGAAUUAAAAAACGAACUUGUGCAAGUGACCGCUAUGGAUUUGGGCCUCAAAAACACACUCUUCGAUGAAUCCCUACUCACCGAUGGAUGGUUGGUAGGAUUAGGUGGACUUUCCGUAAUGGUCUGCAUGUGGUUGUAUACGUCAUCAUUGUUUGUUACCGGCAUGACGUGCAUAGCGGUGAUAUUUUCCUUAGGAUUAGCCUAUUUUAUUUAUACAUUAGUAUUCGAAAUGACUUUCUUUCCAUUUAUGAAUUUACUCGCUGUGGUUGUGAUUAUUGGAAUAGGUGCGGAUGAUGCAUUUAUUUUCUUAAAAUUAUGGCAAUGUAUAUUAGCGGAAAGAAUAACCAAGUCUUCGAGCACAAAUUCGCAUUCAAUAUCUGUGAUGGACACAGAGUAUUCGGAAACCUUGCAGUAUUUAAUGGCUACAACACUUAGUCAUUCGGCCUUGUCAAUGUUUGUUACUUCAUUGACAACAGCGGCCGCUUUUUAUGCAUCUUAUCUUUGUUCUAUAACUUCGAUUAAAUGUUUUGGUAUUUUUGCUGGAACAGCUGUUAUGUCGAAUUUUUUACUAAUGGUAACUUGGUUACCAGCUACUGUUUCUAUUAUGGAACGUAUAUCGUGUGAUUGUGGAAAGUGCAUAUCGCAUAGAGUAUUUCAAAAAAUCAACAAGUCAAUUAAUCGUUUCUGCAGAAUGUUGGAAGAUCUCAUUGUUAAUGCAGUAUUAAAGUUUCCCAUUGUGUGGGUAAUUUUCUUUAGUACUAUUGGCAUUGGCAGUGGAAUUGUUGUUUUAUAUUAUCCUGGUAUUCAAUUACCAGAAACAUCUGAAUUUCAACUAUUUGUUAAUUCACAUCCAUUUGAGUUGUAUGAUUCAAAGUUUAAAAAUGAAUUUUCAUUUGAGCGAAUGAUACCGACUAUGGACAAACUUCCAAUGAGAUUUGUAUGGGGCAUCCUGCCAAUUGACGAUGGUGACUACGCAAAUCCAAGCUCUCAUGGAAAACUACACUUUGACAAUAAUUUUAAUAUAUCAUCGAAGGCAUCACAACAAUGGCUACUAAAUUUUUGUAAAAACAUUAAACAGCAGCCAUUCUAUCAGCUCACAUUGGGCAUGCUUUUGCCGAACUGUUUUAUUGAGACUUUUAUGUCCUAUAUGAGUCGAAUAUGCAUUGACAGUAUAGAUCUCACAGAUCGAACACCUUGCUGUGACACCUCAAAAUUUCCAUAUGAACCAGAUGUAUUUGAAUAUUGUUUGCCACGCAUUACAUCAUCUCUCUAUGCUAGACCGAAAAUCUUUAGUCCUGGAGUGGCAGGACCGAAAUUUAUGGCUGCCCCUGAAAUAUACCAAGAUGAAAAUUCAACACAAAUUCCACCAAUUGUCAAGGCAAUUGUUGUAGAGUUUGAAAGCAACAUUUCAUAUUCAAUGUCAUAUCCAAUAAUAAGAGAUUUUGUGGACUCAGUGGAGAUAUGGUUUGAAAAAGAACUCAAAACGGCACCUCCUCAAAUGCAAGGUGGUUGGUUUAUAAGCGAAUUGAGUUUUUAUGACUUGCAGGAUACUCUUUCAAAGGGAACCAUCACUGCAAUUGUAAUGUCAAUGAUUGCGUCUUUGGUCGUAUUGCUGUUUGUUACUUUGAAUGUUUUGAUAAGUUUUUAUGCAGUUAUAACGGUGACUUUUACGAUAUUCACAACAGUUGCGAUUCUAAUAUUACUCGGUUGGAAAUUGAAUAUAUUGGAGAGUGUAUCAGUGAGUACGGCCAUUGGAUUGGCUGUCGAUUUUAGCAUUCACUAUGGCAUACAUUAUCGAAUGUCACCAACAAAUGAACGUGAAGCAGCAACUCGUUAUGCUUUGACACGAAUUGUUGGCCCAACAGCAAUGGCUGCUUUAACAACAGCUUUAGCAGGAGCAUUUCUUUUGGGUUCGGAUUUAUUGCCAUAUAUUCAAAUUGGAGUCUUUUUAGUUGUGGUUGUGACUGUUAGCUGGUUUUAUGCAACGUUUUUCUUGAUAAGUCUUUUGAAGCUGAUCGGACCGCAGUACGGGUUUAUGCAGUUUAAAUUUCCGAAAUUUAAGAAAAGACCAAAGAAAACUGGUGGCGGUUAUUAUGAAAGAAAACCAAGUCAAGCGAUUGCCAGCGAACAGCUCCUCACACCCUCGAGUUCGGCAGUUGGGGAUCUACUUAAUUCUGAAACGCACGAAUUGGAUUCCCUAACAUCCAAUUCGCUCAUAAAACCCAUGUCUGAUUGUUCUCGACCUCCAAUCGAUUUGGAUCGCGCAUUUAUUCGCACAGCCUCAACAGUCAGCAGCAACAACUGCAAAGAUUAUCAAAGUCCGUCAACUGGAAGUGCAAUAACAAUGGUACUCUCCGAAGAUCCCAAUUAUAAAGUUUAAAUAAGAGAGAACGAGAAAACUCAUAUGACUAAAAUUAAAAAUAAAAUUAAACAAUUUUUUUUUUAUUUUAUUUGUUAGAAAAUAUAAUAAUGAGAAUUGUUAAUGUGCUAUAUAUACAGAUUUGCUAUAUACAGAUUGUUUUGCAUUAAGUAUAAUUAUAUGCAUGUUGUAUGUUGAUUUACGAUGAGAAAAGAAAAACAGUUUUUUAUAUAACAGUCGGAAACGUCGGAAAAUAAUAAUAAAUAUUACUUACAAAAUUCAGGUCAAGCCAUUUACUGAACUAGAAGGCAUUUAGUAUUUAAAAAAAUAUACAUAAAUUGUGUUUGUGUUUACACAUCUAAAUAAAAUUUAAAAAAAAAUAGAAAAAACCUAUAAUUAUAAUGAUAUAUUAUAUUAAAUGUUAGUGUUUGUAAUGAAUAGAAAUGUUUUAUGUACUUAAACUUUAUAUAUUUACUGCAUUGAAAACAAAAAACAGAAAAACAAAUAAGCUCAAACUAAAAUUACUUAAAAAAAUUAUGUUCUCGUAUUUAUAAAUUGAAGAAAAAAUAGUUUAUAUACAUUUUACUUAGGAACGCGCGUGCUGUGCAAAAGCAAAAUAUAAGCAAAUAAUAAAUUCAUUUUACAAUUUUAAUGCAAAUUGCAAAUAGUACUUCAAAAAUAUUAUAAUAAUUUAAGUGUCAGUUGGUUUCCUUAAAAUACCAGAAAACUAUAACACAAAAAUAAUAAUAAUAUUAAAAAAAAGAAUAUAAAAAAAAACUAUUGUAAUAUUAAGUGUUUAUUGUGUAAAAACAAAACAGUGAAUAAUUUA